UUUUUCAUCAGUCUACUAUAACAUCGCCUGAGUAGUAAGUCGGGAUUUAGCUGCACAAUGAGAUAGUAAUACUGAAAUCUUACCUAUUUGGUCGAGUUCAGCGCAGGGACCUCAUGCAAAAGACGCAUCAGCAGAACAUCUCUUGACGUGCACGCAGUAGUGACCUGUCAUGAGUUGGUUACCGCCACCGAGCCUGGAGAGCUUUGACCGAUAUGUUAUGAACGAUAUCCCGAUCCGCCUCAUACGCCUAUCAAACAUGAAGUUUGUUGGGCGUGAUGAUGUGAAGAAGCACUUUCGGAGCUCUGUCCCUCCAGGGAGGGAUUGGAAUUAUCAUCCCUCUCAAACCGUCAAAUAUGCCAUUCUGUCUCACCGAUGGCUGGAUGAGGGAGAACCAACAUAUGAAGAGAUGAAGAAUGACAAGGCAACAGGUCUGGGAUACGAGAAGCUGAAGAAUUUUUGUGAGAAGGCCCAGGAAUACGACGUGGAAUUCGUGUGGUCAGAUACGUGCUGCAUCGACAAGAGUAGCAGUACCGAGCUCGACGAUUCGAUCCGCUCCAUGUUUCGGUGGUACAGAAACUCGACUAUUUGCAUCGUCCAUCUGGCACAAAGUGAGACAUUAAAUCUCAUGAUGAGCGACGAAUGGAUGGAGAGAGGCUGGACGUUGCAAGAACUUCUUGCACCCCAAAGGAUCAAGUUCUACAACAAGCACUGGAUGCCCCUGACAGGUGAUCGAAACGACAAAAGUCGGGAGUCGAUCGAGAUAUUUGGGAUUCUGCAGAGAGCCACUGGCAUUCCCAGUGAAGACCUACACGCAUUUUACCCUAAGGCGUAUCACAGGGUGGAUGAACGGAUGACGUGGGCAGCCAGACGCAGAACAACAAGGGUCGAAGACGUGGCAUAUUCCCUGAUGGGAAUUUUCGAUGUCAGCAUGCAGAUCGCAUAUGGAGAAGGAGGAGAACGUGCGUUCUCCAGACUCACCGAGGCCAUCAUGAAGGCUGGUGACCCAUCUGUCUUCAACUGGAAAGGCUCCGCUGCCUCACAUCACACUUCACGUGCGAUUCCUCAGUCGCCACAGAGCUUUGUAGGCCAUCCAAAUCUGGGGUUGCCUACUACACGUAGAAUGCAAUUGGAGAUGACCAUGACUAGUCUCGGCUUGCGAGUGCCUCUGGUGUUAUUCCCUCUCCAUCCACGUUCGAGGACGGUGUUGGGAAAUGGAUAUGAACGCAUCGUGUUUGACUGCCCGCUAUGUCCAACCAUCAAGCUUGAUAUCACUGCAUUGCAGGUGAUCAUGCCGCGCCCCGAAUAUCACCACUAUGCACUCGGGAUCGUCAAUUAUUCGCUUCGCCAUGAUGGAUCACGCGAGAUUGUACAAGUCCAGUGCAGGUCGGUCGGUCUCAUUUUGAUGAGAACUUCAGAAAACGCCGGUGCCACUACUACCUGUACACUCGAACCUAAUGCCCUCGUUGGGCUCAAGGUCAUCAAUCCCCCGGAAAAAACAUUCAAGCAAUGGGGAAUACUGCACGGAGUUGGAUUGGUCAAGGUUGAUUUUAUGAGCGUACCGAAUGAAUCGAGUUUCUACAUUGAUCGUGAACACCUAGAGGUUGUCUACUUGUAGCAUUGGUUGUCUUUAGAACGGAUUCGAGUGUUACAGUUCUUGUGAGUUGCACUGCCACUGUAGCAGUGACCUCG